GGAUCUUGGUGGCUGAGCAAAUGUGUGACCCAGGAAAUAGCAGCUCGGGGUCUGGGAGGCCGGCGUGAGGCUGGUGUGCUCUCUGAGGGGUGUCUGCUCUGUGCGCUGGGGUUGGUGCCCUUCCCACGUGGCAGGUCCAGGUCCUUUGCGGGACAGCAGACUGCGUGCCAGUCCCAAAGGUGUCCCAGCCCCUGCGGUUUCCUAGGCCUCGAUGAGCAGCCUGACCCUCGGUGCUGUCCACCCCUAGUCAGCUGUGCUGCCUGACCUGUCCCUGCUGCCUGGGAGCCACGUCCGCUCUGUCUUAAACGCCCGCAACUGGACCUACCAGUGGGUCCUUGCCGAGGGGACCUCCCCUGCCAGGUCCCCAAGUAGUGCCGCCUGCCAUGGAUCCGGACCCCCAGGCGGGUGUUCAGGUGGGCAUGCGCGUGGUGCGCGGCGUGGACUGGAAGUGGGGCCAGCAGGACGGCGGCGAGGGAGGCGUGGGCACGGUGGUGGAGCUCGGCCGCCACGGCAGCCCCUCGACCCCUGACCGCACGGUGGUCGUGCAGUGGGACCACGGCACCCGCACCAACUACCGCGCGGGCUACCAGGGCGCGCACGACCUGCUGCUCUACGACAACGCCCAGAUCGGCGUGCGGCACCCCAACAUCAUCUGUGAUUGCUGCAAGAAGCACGGGCUGCGGGGCAUGCGCUGGAAGUGCCGCGUCUGCGCCGACUACGACCUGUGCACCCAAUGCUACCUGAGCAAUAAGCACGACCUCACUCAUGCCUUCGAGCGCUACGAGACGGCCCACUCGCGCCCGGUCACGCUGAGUCCCCGCCAGGGCCUCCCAAGGAUCCCGUUGAGGGGCAUCUUCCAGGGGGCGAAGGUGGUGCGGGGCCCGGACUGGGAGUGGGGCUCGCAGGAUGGAGGGGAAGGGAAGCCAGGCCGAGUGGUGGACAUUCGGGGCUGGGAUGUGGAGACGGGCCGGAGCGUGGCCAGCGUGACGUGGGCUGACGGCACCACCAACGUCUACCGCGUGGGUCACAAGGGCAAAGUGGACCUCAAGUGUGUGAGUGAGGCGGCCGGCGGCUUCUACUACAAGGAGCACCUCCCAAGGCUCGGCAAGCCGGCAGAGCUGCAGCGCCGGGUGAGUGCGGACGGCCAGCCCCUCCAGCAUGGGGACAAGGUGACGUGCCUGCUGGACACAGACAUCCUAAGGACGCAGGACGGCCACGGCAGGUGGAGCCCCAGGGUGGCCGAGCACAAGUUUCGGGCGGGUGACGUGGUGCGGGUCGUCGACGGCCUCAACACGGUGAAGCGGCUGCAGGCUGGCCACAGCGAGUGGACAGACGACGUGGCGCCUGCCCUGGGCCGCGUGGGGGAAGUGGUGAAGGUUGUUGGAGACGGGAACCUGCGUGUGGCGGUUGGCGGUCAGCUGUGCACCUUCAGCCCCUCCUGCCUGGUGGCCUACAGGCCUGAGGAGGACUGCAACCUGGACGUGGCGGAGCGCACCCGGGAGAACAAAAGUGCGGGCGCCUGGUGGCAGUGGCCGUGGGCAGUGGGGCCACCCCGGGCUGCUGCUGAACCUCUGCCUCUCACCCCAGGCUCCCUGAACAUCGCCCUGGACAAGCUGCGCACCCAGAAGAGCGACCUAGAGCACCCGGGCAGGCUGGUGGUGGAGGUGGCCCAGGGCAACCUGGCCCGGGCCCUGGACCUGCUCCGGAGGCACCCUGAGCAGGCAUGUUCCCGAGACCCUGGGCUUGGCCAGCCCCCUGGCUGGGGCAGGGCCUGGAAACUGACCUCUUGGCGUUCCUGGCAGGUGGACAGCAAGAGCCAGGGCAGGACUGCCCUGCAGGUGGCUGCCUACCUGGGCCAGGUGGAGCUGGUGCGUCUGCUGCUGCAGGCGCGGGCGGGCACGGACCUGCCGGAUGAGGAAGGCAGCACGGCUCUGCACUACGCGGCACUGGGGAACCAGCCCGAGGCUGCCAGAGUGCUCCUGACCUCGGGGUGCCGUGCCAACGCCCUCAAUGGUGUCAGGAGCACAGCGCUGCAUGUGGCCGUGCAGAGGGGCUUCCUGGAGGUGGUGAAAGUCCUGUGUGAGCUGGGCUGUGAUGUCAACCUGCCUGAUGCUCAAGGGAACACGCCGCUGCACUGCGCCAUCUCCAUGGGCGCCAGCGCCAGCGGCAUGGUGGAGGUCCUCACCGAAGUGCCAGGCAUCAACGUCACCACCACCAACAGCCAGGGCUUCACCUUGCUGCACCACGCGUCCCUCAAGGGCCACACUCUGGCUGUCAGGAGGAUCCUGGCCGGGGCACGGCAGCUGGUGGACGCCAAGAAGGAGGACGGCUUCACGGCGCUGCACCUGGCUGCCCUCAACAACCACCGGGAGGUGGCACAGAUUCUUAUCCAAGAGGGCCGCUGUGACGUGAAUGUCCAAAACCAAAAGCUCCAGUCCCCGCUGCAUCUGGCCGUGCAGCAGGCCCACGUGGGGCUGGUGCCCCUGCUGGUGGGCGCGGGCUGCCGCAUCAACGCUGAGGACGAGGACGGGAACACCGCCCUGCACGUGGCACUGCAGCGUCACCACCUGUUGCCACUGGUGGCUGAUGGGGCCGGGGGGGACCCAGGGCCUUUGCAGAUUCUGUCCAGGCUGCAGGCCUCGGGGCUCCCAGCCAGCAUGGAGCUGACAGUGGGCGUGGCGGUCGCCUGCUUCUUGGCCCUGGAGGGCGCAGACGUGAACUACACCAAUCACCGAGGCCGGAGCCCGCUGGAUUUGGCUGCGGAGGGUCGUGUGCUCAAGGCCUUGCAGAGCUGCGCCCAGCGCUUCCGGGAGCGGCAGGUGGGUGGGGGUGCGGCUCCGGGCCCCAGGCUGGUGCUGAGCAUCCCCAACACCGUGACGAACCUGCACGUGGCAGCGCCGUCGGGGCCCGAGGCGGCAGAGUGCCUGGUGUGCUCGGAGCUGGCGCUGUUGGUGCUGUUCUCGCCGUGCCAGCACCGCACGGUGUGUGAGGAAUGUGCGCGCAGGAUGAAGAAGUGCAUCAGGUGCCAGGUGGUCAUCAGCAAGAAGUUGCGACCUGACGGCACGGAGGUGGCCAGCGCAGCCCCCGCGCCCGGCCCACCACGGCAGCUGGUGGAGGAGCUUCAGAGCCGCUACCGGCAGAUGGAAGAGCGCAUCACCUGUCCCAUCUGCAUAGACAGCCACAUCCGCCUCGUGUUCCAGUGCGGACACGGCGCCUGCGCGCCCUGCGGCGCCGCGCUCAGCGCCUGCCCCAUCUGCCGCCAGCCCAUCCGCGACCGCAUCCAGAUCUUCGUCUAGCCGCGCCCCUCGCUCUCCGCAGCCACGUUCCACCGGCACCCUCCAGAGCCCCACACCCCGUGUUUUAUAAAAAGAUUCACGGAC